AUGGCGUGUCUCAGUGUUACAGGAGGAGUGAGAACUACUCCCACAGUGGCUCUAGAGACACUUCUUUGCAUAGAGGAAGCGGCAAUGAAGACGUUUCUAAGACUCCACUCUCUGGGAGUAUGGAACAAGCAAGGCCGCAUAACGAAACACACUUGUAUCUUGACGGAGGCGUUCAAUACCCUUGUUAAGGAUGGAAGGAAGAGCCAACAUCGACAUCUAUGUGCCAAAACAGAUAGUGAUUCAGGACCCGGCAUCUACUCCGAACAACUGAACGCACAAAUCAAACUGAUGGGAAUAAUGCUGGGAGCUAGAAUCAUUGCUGAACGUGAAAUCGGCAACAAAUCAAUACGCAUACUUACUGACAGCAAGUCUGCACUACUAGCCCUGAACAGCUGCAUGGUUCGAUCCAGGCUAAUUUGGGAGUGCAGACAAAAGCUAAGGUAUGUAACGCAGAGAAACAGCGUAGAACUUUAUUGGAUCAAAGGACACAGUGGUAACGAAGGAAACGAGAGGGCAGAUGAGAUGGCGAAGCCAGCCGCGCGCAUGCCCUUCUCGAAUGAACUCGUAAAGCAAUACACCCAUAGACGCCAUGAACAAAUAUGGACGACGCUGAGCAGCUGUUGGCUGAGUAGAGCUUGUAUAGCGACACCUGACCGAGUAGUAACAGACCCAAUCUGUCGUGGAUGCAAUGAAGAAGAGGAAACAGCUGAGCACAUUCUUCGUGAAUGUCCAGCGCUAGCCUCCUACAGGAAAUCUAUACUAGAGGACAUCUGGCCUAGUGUGACAAAAAUCAGGGAGUUCCCGCCCUCUGCAUUACUCAGAUACAUUCAAGCAGUUGGGUGGCUUGACGAGUAG